UGCGGUUGACAAUCCUCGACCUUUUUAACUUCGCUCAGCAGUUGAGUUGCUUUAGCACAACGACUGAGGCCAUGGUUACGAAAAAAAAGUGGCCGAAGCUCUGGCGUUGCAGCUCUGCACUUGCGAAACAGGCCGAAUUGUUUGGGACAAGCAAUAACACUAAUUUCAUGACCGGUCCGAUGUCCAUUCCCCAUCGUCGAUGCUCAGCCUCAGAUUGGGGUGGAAAUAACUCAAGAUGAUGUUGAGAGGUCAAAGCAGGAAGAGAAGUAGGAGAUUCAGCUGUGUUGAUCCUAUGAAUCAGGAGGCAAGACAAGCUGUUGCUGUUGGUAACGUGAAGCGUGUCAAAGAGCUUUUAUCUAUAGGACUAUCCCCCAAUGAAGCUGACUGCAAUGGUUGGACGUUGCUUCAUCUUGCAUCAUCAAGAGGAAGGGAAAGAGUACUAAGAGAACUCUUAGAACAUCAAGGCUCGCCCUGUGCUAGAGACGGGAUAGGAGGAUUCACCUGUUUGCACUAUGCUGCCAUGCACGGAAGAACACGUCUAGCUCAGCUUCUCCUGGAAUACGACAAAGACAAUAAAUAUGACCUGGUGAACUCUCCAAGUUCCGAUGGUUGGACACCUCUCCAUGUAGCAGCUCACUACGGCAGGGAGUCCUUUGUCAGGAUGCUCCUACAACAAGGAGCCAGAGUGGAUGCUUUAAGCACUAAAGGUACAAGUCCCUUACAGCUUGCAAUCAUCAGGGAAAAGGUUCCUUGUGUCAAGUUACUCCUAGACUAUGGUUCUGACAUUGAUAUCCAGACGGGGUUCCCACUGAGGUAUACCAUCUUGAAAGGAAAUAUGUUUUUAGCGAGACUGCUUCUGUUGAACGGUGCUGAUCCUAACCUUGGUAGAUCAGAAGAUGGCCAGACACCCUUACACCUGUCAGCAAUGAAGGACGAUGUAGUUUGUUGUUCGUUGCUUUGUACCUUUGGUGCUGAUAGCCAUGCAGUUAAUGAUGAUGGCAAGACUCCUCUUGAGAUGUACAAAUCUUUAAAUGAAGGAGGAACAGGUCUCAGUCUGUCAGUUCUUACUACAUCAUCAAGAGCCCCAAGAACCCUUCAGGAUCAUUGUCGUCUUGUAAUCCGCCGCAGACUUGGCCAGAAAAGACUUCAUCAUAUCAAUGUCUUGCCCAUUGCAAACAUUGUCAAAGACUAUGUCAGAUACAAAGACCAUUUCUGAUAGGAGCUUAGGUAAAAGUCUUUAACGAUUAUUAGGGAAUCUAACCCACCUGCUACAUACACUGUAGGUAUGUGUUUAUGGAGCAU